GUGCCAUUCGGCGAAUCUUCGCGGCUUAGGACGACACUGCCGCUUUCAAGUCGACUUCUUCAAGGAGUUCGACGCAACGAAUCCGUGCUGUAUGUCCAUUGCUUCGUCGUCAGAGCUGGUGCCAGGCUGGCAGAUGAGGUUCGCACCGGGCCGCAUCCCGGAUUGCCUGGCGUCAUCAGCGAGCAUGGGUUGCAUGCGACGGCCCAGGUAGUGAAGCAUCUACCACAGGUUCAACGUAGUCGGCGGAAUCUUCUGGAACAGCACAACGAUGCCAAUGCUGCGGAGAAUGCGAUCGAGGUGACUUUGAUUCCAGGCUGGAACUUUCUGAUUUAUCCAAGAAGCUGUGCUUCCUGGGCAGUCUGCCUUUUCGUGGUGUCCUACUUCUUUGAGCCUACGCUGGCCCUGGCGGGAGUGCGACAUGGUCUGCUCGCAAUUGUGGUACCCUUCCUGCUUCAGCUUUCGAUGGGCGAGGCGAAAACUGGGAAAGUAGCCGCACGUGAUGCCUUUCAGUUGUUUACCCCUGCGGCUCCAAUCGUGCCGCAUCUGGUGCCGGCUUUUCGUAUUGAACUGGCAGCUGACUUUGAGGUUUACGAUGCAAGGUAUCCACCGCCACUCCUGUACAAGGAGCUUCGCGUUGAAAAUGGCCUGCGAGAACGUGAUGUGCGAUACACGGUGUUGGCACCGAGGCAUGCUGAAGGACCGCACUAUGCCCCACCUUUCUACAUGGACACGGCGAGUUUCUCUUCGACAUCCUGGAAACCAGUGGAUCACAACGUCUCCAGGCCUGAUCCGGAGAUGACAGUUGAGGUGGAGUUCACAGGCAUGCUCAAGUUCAGCAUCGUGCACACAUUUCGGGAGGCCAUGAAGAUGUACCUCCAGAUGGGCAUUCGAGAGCGUGACCUCGAGGAGUUGAAGGAGUUCCUUUUUCGACAGCCACUUCACGUCCUGAUUGCCAGUCAGGUCAUCGGAGUCCUGCAGACAACCUUGCGAAUGCUCGCGUUUAAGAACGAGAUCACGUUCUUCAAAGGACGCUCUGACUACACUGGCCUGUCCAGUCGAUCCCUUGCAACUGACGUCGUGCAGGAGAUCGUGAUAUUCUUGUAUCUCUUUGACUUCGACACCAUCUCCAGAUUAGUGUUGCUCCAAAUUGGCAUGUCUGCUGCGAUCAGCUUCUGGAAAUAUGCACGUGUAGCACGACUUGGGACAACGUGGCUGUAUUUCUUGCCCUGGGCUACUUACGGCCGUUGCACUGCCAGUUCGCGGGCAUUGCCAGAUUCGCAGGCUGAUGAGACUUUAACAGAGGAGGCAGAUGAGAGGGGCAUACGCUACCUCAAGUACGUUUUGUAUCCGCUUUCGGCAAGUUGGGGUCUGUACAGCCUAUACCAUUACCCCUACAAAAACUGGUGGAGCUGGGUGAUUUCCAGCAUGGCGGAUUUCGCCUACACAUUUGGCUUUGUGAACAUGAUGCCGCAGAUUUUCAUCAACUACAAGUUGAAAUCAGUUGCCCAUAUGCCCUGGCGUGUUUUGGUGUACAAGUUCUUCAACACGUUCAUUGAUGAUAUCUACGCGUUCGUCAUUGCAGCAGACCAGUUGACGAACAAGCACAGGUACAUGACGUUGCGUGAUGACGUGAUCUUCUUCAUUUUUCUGUACCAGAGACAUAUCUACAAGGUGGACCCAAAUCGCCCCGACGAGUUUGGCAACGUCUAUGACGACAAUCUGGACAUACACAAGAAUGCCUCCGCCAGCUAG